UAGUAGUACACGUCCACAGUAAAACAGAAAAAAGCCUACGCGGCUCAGCAUUAAAGAUGCAAAGGUAAGUAACAUUUUUAAUAUCUGUACUUCAGGUAAACAGAGAGAAUGUUCUGGUAAUCUGCAGACUAUAGUAGUUGUAGUUAAAUUGAUAACUGUACAAUAGAGUUCGAAAUUGAUAUUUCCAUGGGCUCGGCUAUGCUUAGUGAAUGUACUGUGCUUUUAGGCUACUGCAAAAAACAAUGUUACAGAUUUAAUUGAUUGUUGCGAGGUAGUGCAAUGGUAGUCUCUCUCUCUUUCUGUGGAAUUAAGACGUGCUCUUUCAAUGACAAUUCGCUCACCAAUUUUGCAGCUACUGCCCCUCUUUUCUUAAGUAUGUAACGUUAGGCUAUCUGCUUUCUCCUUGCAUGAUUCAGCUGCAAACCCAAACCUCAGUUCGCUGACUGGCUGAUUGAACAGGUGCGGACCGAGCAAUACGCCGGGUUGACCUUUAUGGACAACAAGAAGUUCAGAGUCCCGUGGAAACACAAUUCUAGGAAGGACUGCUCCGAGGACGACUGUAAAAUAUUCAGGGUAAGGAAUAUAUGGUGGACGGUGGCCAGAGCUUUGCAGAAAUUCAAGGAAAUAGAGGGUGUGGUUUGAUUGUAAACUGAUUCAUGACAUUUGUAUAUAUAUAUAUAUAUAUAUAUACAAAACUCGUUAUGAUGACACUUCAAUUCUCUGGUUACAGGCAUGGGCAGUGGUCAGCGGUAAAAUCAAUGAGCAUCCCAAUGACAAGGCAAAGUGGAAGACCAACUUCCGCUGUGCACUGAACAACCUGACCAAGCGUUUCAAGAUGGUGGAAGACCACUCCAAGGACUCAAAAGACCCACAUAAAGUCUACCUGGUCAUCAAUGAGUGUAAGAUCACUAAGGCUUGUGUAACUUCUCUAAAGUGCCACAACUGUUAGCCUGCUGAACUUGAGUCUCUUCUUGCCCCAAUUUUUAAAAUUGAUUAAUGUUUUUUUUUGUUACAGAUAACUAUGAGAGCCCGCACAUAGAAGAAAUCACUCUGGAGGACUAUGACAUUGACAUCUUCAGCUCUCUCACCCCUACAGACUACAUCCCCCCAGGCAUGGAGGUACAGUAACAUUACAUCUAUAUUGAACCAGGAGCUGGUUCUUUAACCCUGAUUCUAGUCUUUUUUUUUUUGGGACAAACUUAUGUUAAAUCAGUGAAAUUUUUUUUUCUCCAAACAGCAUGAUGAAAUGCUUAACUUUAGCAACCUAACCUUGAACACCCAAGACCUGACCCAACACACAGGUACAGCACCUCCCCACCUGCAGAAAGUAACCCAUUACAAUGGGUUGUUAAUUACAAACAUUUAAAUACAAAUUCUGGAGAAAGCUUUCUAACGACGGGACAAGUUUUCAACUCUUCCUUUCUUCUUCUCCACAGAGGAGCAGCAGUGGACAGAGAAUUAUAUACCGGUACACACACACUACCCAGUGGUACCAGAAGACUGCUACCCCAUCCAGCCUCUACCAGAGCCCCAGCCAGUCUCACAACCAGUCCUAAUACAGCAGCCAUACUACGACGGUAUGCCAGGGCCAUACUUCCACAAGUCAAUGAAAAAGGGACAAUCCACACAUCCAACUUGUUGUUAUUGUGUAAAUAACAUUUUACCAUGUAAUUUCUGUAUUGUAAAAUAAAGUGAAUUUCACUCAUAUAGUACAAUGUGACCUAUUUGAUGACCUUUCCUAUCUCCCCCACAGUGAACCAGGAUGCCCUGCUCAACCCGCCUGCGGUCCACCCAUCUCUCUUGGACCUGGAGAUCACCAUCUCCUACAGGAGGAAAGAGAUGCUGAAGACCCAGGUGUCAUGCCCCAGGGUUCAGCUCCACUACCAGUGUGACGCUCUCGAGCCCAACACCCAGCCCCUCUGCUUCCCCAGCACUGACGGCCUGCCGGACCACAAACAGGUACAGUACAGCAGCACACCUGGUGCUGCUACCAUUCACCUGCACUACUAUCUGUGGUUCUGUGUACUUACCUGUGGUUUUCCAAUAUGUGUCUUUAUUAAAUUAUAUGCAACUGAAACUGACUGGUCAAUUCACUAGCAAUGUACAUAGCAACAAGACUCACUGGCGACACGCAAAACCACUACAUUUUAUUCCAAGACUAACUUCUUUGUGCCUCCAUUUACACCAGAUUGAAUACACCAACCACAUCCUAGAAAGCGUCCAAAGGGGUCUUCUCCUGGAGGUACGAAACACUGGUAUCUAUGGUUACCGGCAGGACAAGUGCCACGUGUUCUCCAGUACUAGCGACCCCAGAGAGGCACACCCUGAACCCAGGAAGAUGCCCCAUAAUGAAAUGGUACAACUGUUGAGCUUCCAGCAGUACGAAAAUGGUAAGUAUGGCUCACUGGCCGACACAUAAACACACAAACCCAGCUAUAUGCACACACACAAACCCAGCUAUACACACACGUAUACUGGUACACACAUUUCUCUAAGACAUGUAUCCACUGUCUGUCAGCGCUUUGACAACCAUCAACCUUUUCAGAGCUGAUAGCGUUUAAGGAGAACAGGCGAGGCUCUCCUGACUAUACCAUCCACAUGUGCUUCGGCGAGAAGUUCCCAGACGGAAAACCCCUGGAGAAGAAACUCAUUGUCGUCAAGGUAACCCUCUCUCUCAUGAGCUUUAACCAGUAAGGCAACAGGCAGAAUACUAACACACCCUAGAACGGGGCUCUCAACCCUAUUCCUGGAGAGCUACCAUCCUGUAGGUUUUCGCUCCAAAAGCUAAUCUUGCACACCUGACUAGAAUAAUUAGUUAGUUGAUAAACUGAAUCAGGUUAGUUACAACUGGGGUUGGAGCGAAAACCUACAGGAGGUUAGCUCUCCAGGAACAGGGUUGGAGAGCCCUGCCCUAGAACAAACCUACUAUAUACAGUAUGUAUACAUUCCUAUGUAAUAUGUUGUAUAAUCCAGUUGCACAUCCUAAUUUUGAAAUGUCUUCUCUCCACCUCUUGUUUCUCAUUCCCUCUCCAUCCCUUCCCCUCUCUCUCCUAUUCCCAUUCCCUUCUCUCCUCUCUGCUUUUCCAGGUGGUUCCCCUGAUCUGUCGUUACUUCCACGAGGUGGCCCAAGGGGAGGGGGCAUCGUCCCUCCAGAACGACAACGUCAGCCUGCAGAUCUCCCACCACAACAGCCUGAUGGAGCUCAUCAAUUCCGCCUGGCCCGACGGCCCACAGCACGACAUGGGGCAAUACUUAAUCUAGACCACCAAUGGUACCACAUCACCACCCACCCAGCCAGCUCCUAUCUAGGACUGGUACCGUAUUACUAAAUUGAAUCUUCCCACAGGAAAUCCAUGUUUACAAAAAGUAUAUAUGAUGCAAUUAUCUGAUCUCUAAUUAUGUGUACAAUUCAAAUUUGUAGAUCUUUGAAAGUCAGACAAAUGUUGAGCAUUAGAUCAUUGUUCCUGGACCGCUACCGUCCUAUAGGUUUUCACUCCAACCC